AUGAAUGCCAUUAAGGUGCUAUUGAGGGAAGAUGGUAGUAGAGCUUGUUUGCAAAGUUCAAUUAAAGAGGAAGUAGUAGGGUUCUAUAGAAAGCUUAUGGGUACGGCUGCUCUGAGUAUACCUAUGGUUGACAAAACUAUUGUUGAGAAGGGGCCUUUGCUGCAGGCUCAUCAUCAGGCUGGUUUAUGCGCUCCAGUUUCAAUUUUGGAGGUUAAACAAGCGGUUUUUUUUAUAUGGAUAAGUGUAAAGCCCCGGGGAUUGAUGGGUUCACUGCUCACUUUUACCAAAGUACAUGGCACAUCACUUGUGGUAGUGUUGUUGCAGCCGUUCAGGACUUCUUCACCUACUGUCAGAUGCCAGCUCAGCCAUGAAUUGGUGAAGGGGUACAAUAGAAAACACAAUACUCCUAGAUGUAUGAUCAAGAAUGAUCUCCAAAAGGCGUAUGACUCAAUUGAGUGGCCUUUUGUAAAAUAUUUGCUUCUCUUUCUUGGUUUUCCUGGAAAAUUUAUUGACUGGAUUAUGGAAUGUUUGAGCUCUGUUUCUUAUAUGUUUAAUGUUAAUGGUGAAGUCACAAAGCCUUUGAGAGCGAAGAAAGGGCUUAGAAAAGGGGAUCCAAUCUCUCCAUAUUUGUUUGUCAUCUGUACGGAGUAUUUAAACAGGUGUCUUUCUUUGUUGAAGGACAAUGCUCUGUUUCAAUAUCAUCCUCGAUGUAAGAAAUUGAACAUCACUCAUGUCUGUUUCGCUGACGAUCUGCUUUUAUUCUCGAAAGGUGAUGUGAAGUCUGUGAGGGAACGUUAUAAGGCCUUCCAGCUUUUCUCCGGUCCUUCUGGUUUGAAGGCUAAUGGUGUUACAGCUAAUCUCGACAAGAGUUCAAUUUAUUUUGGUGGAGUUUGUCCAGAGAUGCAGAACCAUAUUCUUGAGGAGUUCCAAUUUUUGAGAGGAGACUUCCCUUUCAAAUAUCUAGGAGUCCCUCUUUCUACAAAGAAGCUUUCAAUACUGCAGUUUCAACCUUUGAUUCUUAAAGUUCUGCAUCGAAUCAAUUCUUGGACUGCAAAACUGCUCAGUUACGCUGGAAGACUACAAUUGAUUAAGGAUGUUCUGCUGAAUAUUCAAAGUUAUUGGAGCCAGGUAUUUCUCAUCCCUAUAAAGGUUCUUCAUAUUAUUCAGAGUGCUUGCUGUUGCUACCUUUGGUCUGGUUCUGCAGAUGUCACAAAAAGGGCUUUGGUUGCUUGGGAUAAAAUAUGUCUCCCUAAGGUGGUUGGGGGGUUGAAUAUUACUGAUUUAGUUGACUGGAAUAAGAUUGAUACACCAAAGCAGGCUUCUUGGAUGGUGAAGAAAAUUGUUGGAGCUUCACGUUAUCUUAAUACUGUUAAUCUGAGUGUUUUUUAUCUUGCUCACUUUUCAACUAGGAAAACUUAUAAUUUGUUGCGAGGUAGCUUUGAGGAUUGUGAUACUUUGUGUUGUUUAUGUAAACAAGAGCAAGAAGACAUUGAUCAUCUGUUCUUCUUGUGUUCUUGGUCCACUGCUCUUUGGAGUAGGGUUUUACAUUGGAUUGGUUGUGAUAAACAGGCUGGUAGUUGGACGUCUGAGAUUGAUUUUGUGUCUGCCCAUGUUGCUGGGAAUGUGGCUAAACACCAGAUUUAUAGGAUGGCUUUAUUCACUUCUGUCUACUUUGUGUGGAGGGAGAGGAAUCAACGGUGA